CCGGCCCGCCCGUCUCGGCGGCGGCGGCGGCUCCCCCCUCGGCCGCCAUGGCCCUGACAGCCGAGACCGAGUCCCGGCUGUACCGCUCGCUGCGCGCCGCCGCCGGCGCCGCCGCCCACCUCGUGGCGCUGGGCUUCCCCACCGCCGUGGCCGUGCUGGCGCGGCCCGGAUCCAGCCUCUUCUCCUGGCACCCGCUGCUCAUGGCCCUCGCGUUCUCAUUCCUGAUGACGGAAGCCCUGCUGAUAUUCUCCCCGGAGAUCUCGCUGCUCCGCUCCUUCUCCCGCAAAGUCAAAGUGCGGGUGCACUGGGCCCUCCAGCUGCUCGCUCUCCUCUGCGCCCUCCUGGGUCUGGGCAUCAUCGCCUACAACAAGCACCUGAACGGCAAGGCCCACUUAGUGACCUGGCAUGGCCUGAUGGGGCUGCUGACCGUGCUGUAUGCCAGUGGGCAGUGUGCUGGGGGGGUGCUUUUGCUCUACCCCAAACUGAUGAAGAACUGGACGCUGGCUAAGCUCAAGCUGUACCACGCAACCUCAGGGCUGGUAGGCUACCUGCUGGGCUGUGCCAGCCUGAUGCUGGGCAUGUGUUCUCUGUGGUUCACCACCUCGGUGACCAGUGUCUCCUGGUACCUUGCCAUGCUGUGUCCCCUUCUCACCAGCUUGGUUAUCAUGAACCAGGUGAGCAAUGCUUACCUGUACCGCAAGCGGAGCCAGCACUAAUGGCCUAGCACAGAUUCGAACUUCCUCUGUGCGAGUGAGUGAGGCCAGGGCUCCCCCUUGCAGCCCCCCUCUGGGGUCCCCCACUUGCAUAGGGUCUUCUCAGAACUCAGUUUCUACCUACUCGUCUCUCAUUAGUCCUGGAUUGUCCGUAGUGUCUUGUCCCCGGGUAGCAGCUACAAUGUGCAUGAGGAGCUGCCCACCUCAUGCCUGCCUGCCUUGGUAGGGAUGUUUCCCAGCACAGGUAAAGCUGCUGGUCCCCAUGACAGCUUGGUGCUCAGUGCUAGGAACUGGAGGGUUCAUUCAGGAUUCCUGCUCCUUUUCCCUUCCCUUGCUACCCAAGGCUGCUUCAGAGCAGGCAGGACAGAUGCUGUCACAUUCCUGGUGAGGAGGGCAGGGAGUCCCUGCUCACCCCAGAGGCUACAGCGGGCACCAUGCUGCCUCUCCUACCACAAAGGCAGCUUGGCCAGUAAAAGCACAGGGCAUGGUUGUGGCUUCAGCCUCAGGAGGGCCAAAGCAAGGUGACAGCACCCAAGGCAGAUGCAAUGGUACAGCAGCACAUCUGUCCCCAUGGCACAGACCCAUGCAGGGACUUGUGUGGUCUCCAGGACUGGUGCAGUGAGCCCUGUCCAACAGCUGUGGAUCUGGGCACCCAUUGCCACGCACAAAUCCUUCCCACAGGCUGGGACAGCAAAGCUUCAGCCUGGCAGGAGGUGGGGGUCAUUUUACAGAGAAAAUUACUGAGCCAGGCUGCAUACUGGCAGCCUGCAAAGGCCUGUUUUGUCCCUCUGAGGGGCACAAGGAACAGUGCAAGCACAGGGGAAGCAGGGCUUGGUGUGGGCCUGGGGGAUGAGCCCUUGAGCCAGCCUGUGAAACAGCCCUUAGGAAGGCAGAAAGGAACCUCCUCACCUCUCCUCUCGCCAGCACAACAACCUUCCUUCCAGCCUGCUCACCACUGGGGCAGCUGGGUGCUGUGAGGCUGUCUGCUGCAGCACCCCCAUGGCUCCUCUGGCACAUACCCUGCUCGGCAGGGCUGGAAAGCUGGGAGUAGCUCCCAGGCUGGGAAAUUCCUCUGUAUCCAGAGCUUUUAUUCAAUAAAGAUUUCAGGCAGCUACA